AUGCGUAGCGCGUUGACUGAGCAUUCGGUGAACUCCGCGCGUCAAGAGAACAAGGAGAAGGKGUGUAUUGAUUUUGGGAAUUACCUACCACCCGAGGGAUGCCGAGAGCUUUCUUGAUCAGGAGCAGGAGUGCCUUUCCUACUCAAAACUCAAAAAAGGAAAACCUCCCCGAAGUUCAAGAUGAAAAUAACAGAAAUGCACAGUCGACAGGAAUUUCAGAGCAUUUUAAGCAAGAUUUUUCUAGUGUUGCCUAUGCGAUUCCAACAACUUCAGUAGAUCACAUUACACCCGCCGAUGAUGAUGUUGACAGGAGAGUAUACGCUGGACAUAUGCGAGAACUCGAACGAUCAAACAGUGAAGACGAAAAGCAAGRAUUUAGCCGUUCAUCGCUCGAGAUACCAAAAUACCGAGUCAUCAACACGAAAAUAAACCAAGGAGGCAGAAAAAAGUCUAAACGCGCUUUAGAGACACAACCAGGAGAUUUAACAGACAAUUAUGUCCCCAAGAAGGUACGAAAAGGUCAGCCUAAGAAAACAGUCGUUUAUUACUACGAAACCGCCGAAGAAACUCAAGCGAGGGAAAACAACGGUUUUCACAAAGUUCCUAAAGAUGAGUCAGGUUGUGGUAGAAAUUACACGCAUGACAAGCGGCAUUACGCUAAUGAACACAGUCGUUAUCACAACCAUGAAGCCUCUCAAUCUCCUGGGACGUCAAGUGACAAUUUCUAUUCAUCUAGUGGUGGCAAACAAACUGGGUCAUUUGCAAUGCAGAACAGCCGCGAAUCACUCGACCAAGAAAAAGCGGCCUCGAAAGGUACACAAAAGAACAAUGACGUGUUAGACAAGAAUGCAGGAUUGGAAAAUGUCAUGAUAGUGGAAUAUCACUCGAUGAGCAGGAAUCAAGACAAAAGAUAUCGUGCCAACGAGCACAAAUCUACAGAACCCGUAACGCAACAGACAUCACGGGGUUAUUAUUUACCAUCUCGUAGUGUUCAUACAACCUCUUACAGACCAGUUACCACUAAUGUGACAACUUCAGUUCCUGCAAAGAUUCAACCGCCUCAAAGUGCUUCGGUUCCUGCCGUCAAACAAGAAUCAGAAACAAAGGUUGUCUAUGUGCCUGUCUUUCCUGUAUCGCGAGGUCCUAAUGGCGUCAUUUAUGAAGCCAUUCCAAAUGCUACUCCUAUUAUGGCUAAAGAUACAGUACAAGUACAACCAAGCCAGCCAGAACCACAACAAGCGCAACAGCCACCCCGACUGGAACCACCAAGAGCAAUACCGCAGCAGCCACACCGACCAGAACCACCAAGAGCAAUACCGCAGCAGCAAAUAGUCCAACCAGGACAGGAGGUUAUUGUGCGACCUGUGAUGCCCAGCCCACCUGCACCUCAGAAUGAACCGAGGAUGGAGUACAGGGCAUAUGAACCACAUAUGCCACAACAACUUACUGCAACCCCUGCACCUGGGCACCAAUCGUUUCAGCCACACCAUCAAGGCCACGUCAUGGUGCAGCAGCAAACAGCUCCACCCUACCCAUCACAUACCACCACAGUUGUUCAAGUUCCUCAGUAUCAGGCAAGCAGACCACAUUAUAAACAGCAGUACCAACCAAGAGCAGAACAUCCACAGACCUCUCACGCUGCAACAGUCCCACAGCCACACAAUUAUCGACCUAAGCAUCAAACAGUAUCAGCAUCUCAGCCUCCAAACACAAGGGGUUCAGAGCCAGUACAGCACUACCAACAUGCAAGACCAGCUGUCCCUGUAUCCCAAACUUACCAUGAAGUUCCAGUUCAUCAGUAUACGGCACAACAGAGCCAACUACAGCAUCACAACUACCAAAGAGAAGAGAUAACGGUCCAACGUUAUCCUUCUCCUGUAAACGUAGUAGUAUCAGCUCCACAAAAUAUGUAUCCAGAUAGAGUCGCCCAACCAAGACCACCUCCUCUUCCAUCGCAGCCUCAACAUGUAGAGAAACCAGCCCUUCCUUCACCAUCAUAUCCACAAGAGAGUGCCAACAGGCAGCUUACUCCUCGCUACACACCUGAUGGUGUCAACCAUAGACACAAGUUUGUCUACGCUCCUCCGCCUGCUGACUUCAUGAACAGUCCUGUCUACAGAGUACCAAAAAACGAGGAAAAGAGCAGAAAUGAGGCGUACUAUAAUGGGAAAGUUGGUAACAAGAGUGGAUCCAAAAAGCGCAAAUCUUCCUUGCCAUCUCAUGCUGUUAUGCCGAGAAAGAUAGACGAACACCAAGAGAUCCCAAGCCCUGUGGAGAGCAACUCCAGAACACCAAGCCCAAAAGAAACAGAUUUGAGAUGCAACGAAAGGCUUGUCAAGUCACCUAAUCGACCCUCUACGCUAAACAAAUCAAGCCUUGUCAUCACUCCUCCAGUGUCGCCCACAGAGGGAGAGGAAGAGAAUAUUGAAACCGUUACAGUUGUUGUGCGCGAUCAAGGAAUCCAAGCCAGUCCAAAAGAUGGACGCUCACUUGAACAUACAUGUUACAAAAGACCGAUUAAACAUAUGCGCAGCGGUAGCUACCACUCUGAAAGUUCAGAAGAGGAGUUUCUAGAGGACGAUAAUUGUAACAUGAAAGACACUCGCAAAAUGAAAGCUGAGCAUCAUUUGAGGAGCCAGUCAGAUGAAGAAGAAGAUGAAGAUCAUGGUACGUAUACAGCAGAUGGUACUCUGGUCGUACGUAUUCCAUACUCAGAAACCAACAACCUCAAAAAACAACAUCGAGCAAAAAGGGGGAACUAUAGAUUUGUUUGCAGGUAUUGCAACAAAGGAUUCCAGUGGCAUUCUCAUCUAGAAUCUCAUGAGCGCACGCAUACCGGAGAAAAGCCCUUUAAGUGUCCUGAAUGUGAUCGCGCAUUCUGUAGAGCUGAUGGCUUACAGUGUCAUAUGCUGGUUCACAACAAAAAGAGACCCUACAAGUGUCCUUAUUGCGGCAAGGGAUUCAACGACAAGAUAAUUUUGGAAAAGCAUAUUUAUUCACAUACUGGAGUAAAGCCAUUCAAGUGCGAGUACUGUGGACGUGCUUUCAGUGAUUCUCUUUCUAUUGAAAAACACUUAUUGGUUCACACUGGUAGCAAGCCAUACAAAUGCCCGUACUGUGUGCGCUCGUUCAACGAUUCUCAAAUGUUAGUCAGACACAUCCGAAGCCAUACCGGCGAGAAACCAUUCAAGUGUAAACACUGUCCAAUGGCAUUCAGCAAACAAAGUGCCCUUAUUAUUCAUACAAGAGUCCAUACAGGGGAAAAGCCAUAUCAGUGCCCUCACUGUAUCAAGUCAUUCUCAAUCUCUGGGAACCUACAAAGGCAUAUUCUAAUUCACACAGGCGAAAGACCCUACAAAUGCAGCAAGUGUCCAAAGGCUUUCAACAAUCCAAGUCAUUUAUCAAGACACAUUAGCAAGCUUCAUGCUCCUCAGCUUGAAAACGCCAAGGAACAAAUAAAAUACGAACAAUUUCAACCUGAACAACCAUAUCAUUCACCUCCAGAAGUGGUAUAAGAACUAUUUUUAUUCACAGAAUUUAUUUUUUUGUUAGCUAGUCUGAUGUUUAUAUUAGUCUAAUUUGAUUACUUCACAAAGCCAAUGCAUAAUUAUUUUUUUGCUCUAAUAACUUUUUUAGGAGACCACAGAAUAAUAUACGGUUGAACUUAAACCGAAAUGGUUAAUUAGCUUAUAGUUUCCAUAAAAUGUAUACUCAAUAUAUAUAUAUAUUUCGAAAGUUUGCCAUAAAUACAAGACCAGUGUCUUUCCUCGUGUAGUGGACUGCAAAGUCAAUAGAUUAAGAUUUCCCGCCUUUUUUACGGUUAUUAUCAUGUUAAGUAACACCUGCAGUGCCAAAACGUGGCUUGCAGUUCUGUUUUAAUGUCCUGUGGUUUGUUGGCUGUUAAAAAAUCACCUCAAAACUUGAGAUUAUCUUACAAUGUAAGUUGAAAGUGGUAGUAUGCAUGUGUACAGUAAUGGUAUACAUAAUAUUUAGAAAUAUUUAUGACAAGGAUAGUAAUUAUUCACUUAAAUAUACGCCUCUUGCAGAUAGUAUUGAUUGUUUUAGGUAUCAGAAAACUAAGAAAACCUAAACUUGAGUAAAUUAAGUUCAUAUAUAACAUAUGAACACUUAUUUCUAGUGGUAAUCACUUUAUGGUGGCGAUUCGUUGUACCAAAAAAUAUUAUAAAGAUGCUAAUGUAUAUUUGAAAACUAAUCAUGUUAAUAGUGUUUCAUGCUAGCAUCAUGCAGUAGUUCUAUAUUUAUAUUAAAGACACUGGGUUUAAGUUUGUACAUAUUUUACUGAUAUAUCCAGAUCGUUGAAGUUAGGUAAGCAUAUUGGAAGAGUUCACUUAAGUACUCAGUCUAUUCCAUAUUAUUUUGAAUAAAUUGUCUGAUCAAGUUUGCAGAGA